GGCUAGAACAAGUGUCACUCAUUAAGCGCUCUGUAACUAGCUAGCUAAGCAUGUGGAUCCUCAAUGAGCACUGUUUAGCGUGACAAGUGUGCCUCUUGGGCAUCAAUAUGAAGACAGAAGAAGGCACUAUUUGACAGAUCAAUAACAAAGUUGGAGUUUAUCUCACUGGCAUUAUUGCAAAUGUAGCUAGAUACCCAGACAUCGAUUUAAGUGGAAAUCGCAAGUUUUAAGCCACAGUGAGUUAGCUAACGCUAGCCAUAACGAGACAGCAAAAAUGAACUUGUCUUUUGACGAUCAUUCACUGGAUAAUCUGGAUCCAACCCUAUCCCUAAAUGACCCCAGCGAUAUUGACACGGCUCUGCUCAAUGACAUUGAUGGUAAGAACGUUAAGCUUACUAGCAAGCUAGCUAGCAAAACUGGCAACUUCAACUUGGUAACGUUAGCUAGUUUUAGCUAACUAUCCAUAUUGUUAUGAAUGUUAGCUAGCUAGCCAAAGAAGUGACAGCUACAGCAGCAACACACACAUGAAACAGUUUGUACACAAAUAACGUUAAACUGAGUGAGGUACCAUUAACUACUUACUAUAGGCACCCAGUGAGUAAUUUUGAUUUACAGCUUAGCUACCCGUCAGUUACCUGUCACGUUAGCUAACUAACAUUAGUUAUGACCUCAAAUCAGAUGUACGAGUUGUUUAUAUUUGACUCAAACAGUAUGUGAUAGGAGAAAGCUUCCUUCUCAGGGUCGAGGAGAAUCCUAGCUAACCUUAUGGAACUAACGUUAGCUAGCUACUGUCUGAGUUCGGUGUUUGUCUUUCUGUUGUUGCUGCUUUUGUUCUUGCGUUUUGGUUCUCAUCUAAUUCUAGACACAUUUGUAUCUGCUAUUUUGUAUGUUAAUGAUAAGAUAAAAUAAUUUGUAUACUAUACACGAGCUGAUAUUUCGCUGCUAGUUUGGUGUGAUGAACGGAACAGAAGCUAGUUACAAUGUGCCCCGCCCCCUCCAACUUGUCCUACUGACAUCACGAUAAGGUUAAUAUCGAGCAUUCCCUGUCGGGUUCAUUUCAAGAGGCGUGAAGUAAGGCUAUAACAUGAUCUGAUGGCUGCUUUUUCCCCGCCCAAAUAUACACUAUAUAUGUAUGAAUUAAUCAUGUUUCAGUCUUAUUAAAAUGUUAACCGUUUAUGUUUUAAUUAGUUAAAUUGUAUCGAACCUAGUUAUAUUAAUGCAUUCAAUUGAAUAGUGGUUAUUCGAUUCGUUGGUGGUAUUAGCUAAUGUUAUUUGUCAGUAUAAUCAAUGGCUUGUAUGCACUCACUAACUGUAAGUCGUUCUGGAUAAGAGCGUCUGCUAAAUGACUUAAAUGUCAAAUGCUUGAUUGUUUGCCAACAAGUGCUCUGCUGCAACAUCUCACCCUUCAUUGAUCCCACCCAUCCACCCUAAAAGUUGACCGAGAGUAACCCAGCACUGAAUUGUCCCAUAGUAACCCCUUCUCGUUGAAACCACGUGCUUCCUCUCUUUCUGUCUUGGGGCUGGUCUGCAUUGCAAGUGUCUGAGGCGCUUUCUGAUUGGUCGGCAGCGAUCACCUCAUACAAAACCUUGGUUUACAAAUCCAGACUAGUCAGGCUGCUGUGGCUGUGCAGACAGAGAGCAGAAGCAAAGGCAGAAGCAUGACGUGUGUUCCCUUAUUACUGGACCCAGUCCUUAUAAUAUAUGACUAUUAGCUUUAUGAUUUGGUCUAAGAUUAAACUAAAUGGUCUUUCUCCUUGCCAGGGAACAUCCUCCUCACUGUGCUGCCUGAAACUCAUUUGAGAUAGCCUAGCCUAUUUCUGUUGGAAAUCCAGAAGAAUAGGCUACACUGUACUAAUGAAGGUUUCUCAUAGACAGUAAUUGUGAGCAUCUCUAGCCAAUGAAACAAGUAUGCUAUACGGUGUAUUACCCUAAAACAAGACCUGUUUUAUUAUUAUUGUUAGAGAAUAAUGUUUUCAGUGUGAGUAACUAACUUGUUACUAUUACUAAAUGUAAUGUUAUAAUGUAAAGUACUAUCAUGCCAUGCUCAUGUGGAGGGUAUAGCAUAGUAAACAUCACCAGUGAUUUUCAUCAACACUAAAUUCUUGCAUCUUUUCAUCCUCACCUACUCAGGGUUGUUGUCCCUUGUUGUCUCCCUUCUGGAGCCCAUUAGAGUGGCAUAGACCCAGUCUGCUCUGCUGCAGUGGCCACAUAAUAACUGCAUUACUGACCACUGACCAGGACUAGGACUGCACUGAGCUGGCCCCAUUUACUGUCCUGCUCUACUUCUCAGAUCAGGGCCCAUAUCCACAAAGUAGUAGUGUGAGUGCAGAGUAUGAGUGCUGAUCUAGGAUCAGAUCUUUUGUGUCCAUGAUAAUCUGAUUCAUUCUGAUCAAAACUGAUCUUAGAUCAGCACCUACUCUGAGACACUUUAUGAGCCCAGUUCUUGGUGUUUUCCAAUUGAGUUAGGGCAGAGAUUCAGUGAUCCAUUACCAUGUGGUGUUGAGAGAGAAAUGGGAGAAAUGCUCUGUCAGUCACCGUCUCCCAGUGGUUCAAGUCUUAAUUUAACAAGCCUUUUAUUGACAAUAGUGAAACGCUCCAAUUGAAUUACAGGGUUUUAUCUCUGCUCCAUUCAGAGGCCCAGAGACAUAGUUUGGUCAUUGGGAGGCAUGCUGUUAAGAUGUUCUAAAUGAGUGCUGUAUGGAUUGGACAAAAGGGUCUGCUGUGUGGUGUGUACAUAUGUUUGUUCCAGCCCAGCUUUAACACACAACUAAUCACAGUCUUCAAUUUAGACUACUUUGCCUUAUUUGACCCUCUUCUCCUGAUUUCUUCAACUGUGGCAAUUUCAUGGUCUCUGUCUCAGUGGUUCUCUCAACCUAUGGAAUACUCUGACUAUAUCUCCAUCUCUCCUCAGAUAUGCUGCAGCUCAUCAACAACCAGGACAUGGUGGAGUUCAACCAGGACAUGGCUGGUAUCUUUGACCCCCCUCAGUUCACAGGGGUCACCCCUACCCAGGACCUCCCUGUCCCCGGCCUGCCCCACUCCAUCCCCUCCCCUCCAUCCUCCACAUCCACCUCCAUCCUGAGCAGCAGCCCCCACCUUGAUGCUCUCCUGGGGCCUCCCAUCAUCCGUAGUUCCUCCCCCCCAGACAAGGCCUUCCACCCCCCCACCUUCCAGCAGUCGCCCCUGGCCCAGGUCACCACCUCCACCCCUGUACCACUACCCAGGCCGCAGCAGCAGCCAGCACCCCAGCAAAGCUCUCCGUCAGCCCAGGCUGCUCAGGGUCUCAGGCAGCCCAAGGUGGACCAGCCCCAGCCCCUGCCGGUUCUCUCCCCCCCAGCCCCUGUUCCAAUCCAGCUUCCUCCCCCAGCCUCUACCUCCCACAUUGUACCCGGCCAGAGCCCCGUGUUCAGUGCCGCCCCCCAGGCCCUGUUCACCUCUCCUGCACCCCAGCAGCAGCAGCCCCAGGCUCAGCUGCUGCCCCAGCCCCAGGUCCAUGCCCAGCAGAUCCGGAUUAAUUACAGCACCCAGAAUGGCUACAAAGGUGAGGAACAGAUUAAAUCUAUAUUCCUCAGUAUUAACAGUUGAAAUGCUGGUAGUAGAUGGAUGAGAGUCUACAAUAGCAGUAAAUAAGGUCUUCUAGGCCAAGGGAGCAAACAGAUGCAAGGAAACUUAAAACUGAGUCACUCACCCUAACCCUUCCACGUGGAGAUGAAACAUAGCUAUCUUCCUCCUUAAUGGUUGUAGGGGUUUCCCCAUGCCCCUCCCUACUCACCCCCCCAGUCCUGCCAGGUAAUGGGAGGGAGGGAGCCCCACCAUGUGCUGCUAGUAGUAGGAGCAGUAGUAGUAGCAGCAGCACAACCACCACCAUCACCACAUGGUCGUUAAGACUGUCUUAUUUAUGGUGCAGAGCCACACUGUUGUGGCUGGAUGAGAGCAGAGCAUGACUGGAGGAACAACUCACACUCCUACUCUCACACACACAUACUCUCAGGGCAAAAAGUAGGGACUGAUAGUGGACACUAGUAUACAAAGCACAGACACUCACUCCAUGAAGAAAACACACUUGGUGUUAUGUUAUCAGGAGAUAGAGUUGUGUUCUACGAUGCAGUAACAGUAGUAGUACAGCAUGUUUCCAAAGGAGAGUCAGUGGGUUACUCAACCUCCGCUGACUGUCAGUCAAAAUCCCAAUCUAAGACCCUUUGGUCAGAGUGAAGGACCGUCCCUGAGGCUGAGAGAGGGUGUUUUGUCUACACUAUCUAUGAGGCACACUCAGAUACACACACACACACUUGCGUGCAUACCUGUGCAACAUUGUCCCUUUGACAGUGUUAUGAAACUACUGUAAGAGCUCUGCCCCAUGCAACCAUGCCCUAGCAUUACAAACCUACUGACUCUGUGUGGACCAAUGCCCUUACAGCCACCUAACAUGCUAUUAUGUUACACACACUGCCUGCUACAGUCAUCAUAUCGUAUGUUUUCUAGGUCAAAGUUAAUUCCUACAAUAAUAAUCCAUACUGUUAUGGGUCGGUGACUCAAGUGUCCUUAUAGCUGCUUCUGCCAUUAUAUCACAUCAUGAUAUCACUCUCCAGCGGUGAAAGGUCAUACGCUACUAAGCCACGCAAUUUAUGUGAACUUUGGCCUUGCCAGAGACUUAUGGUGACGACAGUUUAUAUGGUGUUUUGUUUUUACAGCUCCACUGCUAGUUGGUCAAUUGUGUUUGAACUAUUUUUGGUCCACACUAGCAGGACGUUUUGAAUCGGAAAACGAAAAUGAGCUUUUAUUGGACAAGUUUAGGUAAUCCUUCCCCGUUUCAGGCAGUUUUCUUCCGUUUGGUGCCUAAUGAACAUGACCCUGAUUAUUUUUCUAGCUGUCAAUCAUCAAGGAGGCCCCGCCCAGCCCAUGGUAAGCCUGUCAUCGACCCCUUCCGGCGUUCAGCCAAUGACCAUCCAGGCUCUGACCACCACUGCCCCCCUCCUGACCACCUCAGCAAGCCCCCCUGCUCAGACCAUCGCAUCACACCACGUUCAACAAGUGAGUUUGUUCACCUGGAGUGUGUGUGUGUUGUUCGAUGAGACCCAUUAACCCCAAGAAAAUCACCAUACCAGAAAAAAAGGAUUUGUUCUUUGUAUUCAAACCUAUUAUUUUAGCAGUAUUUGUUUCAUGACUAAUUUGUUUCAUUGCAAAAAAAAUUUCAUUGCUAAUUUAUUUCAAUGGAACUGCUCCCUCAUCUCUCUCUCUCGCUCGCUCGCUCCCCCUCUCCUCUCAGGUGUUGCUCCAGCCCCAGUUUAUCAAGGCUGAGUCUCUGCUGCUGACCACCCUGAACCGUGACCCCUGCAUGGUCACUACUGUGGCCUCUCCCUGUAUCACCUCCCUGGCCACCACCACACCCCAGAGCACCCACUCACUACAGGUAGGAACCACCACCACAUCCCAGAGCACCUACUCACUACAGGUAGGAACCACCACCACAUCCCAGAGCACCCACUCACUACAGGUAGGAACCACCACCACAUCCCAGAGCACCUACUCACUACAGGUAGGAACCACCACCACAUCCCAGAACACCCACUCACUACAGGUAGGAACCACCACCACAUCCCAGAACACCCACUCACUACAGGUAUGAACCACCACCACAUCCCAGAACACCCACUCACUACAGGUAGGAACCACCACCACAUCCCAGAACACCCACUCACUACAGGUAGGAACCACCACCACAUCACCCACUCACUAAAGGUAGGAUCCACCACCACAUCCCAGAGCACCCACUCACUACAGGUAGGAACCACCACCACAUCCCAGAGCACCCACUCACUACAGGUAGGAACCACCACCACAUCCCAGAGCACCUACUCACUACAGGUAGGAACCACCACCACAUCCCAGAACACCUACUCACUACAGGUAGGAACCACCACCACAUCCCAGAACACCCACUCACUACAGGUAGGAACCACCACCACAUCCCAGAACACCCACUCACUACAGGUAUGAACCACCACCACAUCCCAGAACACCCACUCACUACAGGUAGGAACCACCACCACAUCCCAGAACACCCACUCACUACAGGUAGGAACCACCACCACAUCACCCACUCACUAAAGGUAGGAUCCACCACCACAUCCCAGAGCACCCACUCACUACAGGUAGGAACCACCACCACAUCCCAGAGCACUCACUCACUACAGGUAGGAACCACCACCACAUCCCAGAACACCCACUCACUACAGGUAGGAACCACCACCACAUCCCAGAACACCCACUCACUACAGGUAGGAACCACCACCACAUCCCAGAACACCCACUCACUACAGGUAGGAACCACCCCCACAUCCCAGAACACCCACUCACUACAGGUAGGAACCACCCCCACAUCCCAGAACGCCCACUCACUACAGGUAGGAACCACCACCACAUCCCAGAACACCCACUCACUACAGGUAGGAACCAUAGGAACCAGAUGAUAGGAAUAAUAAUGUCAUAAAGUAAUAACAACAACUAGAAACUGUCAUUUUCCUGAAGAAAAAUUGUCCAAAAGUAUUUUUAUGGUAGUGGAAGAAGGCAAAGUAUUGUGCUAUGUAGGGCAUAGUGUCAAUCUAGACCAGGGGUGUCAAACAAUACUGCCUGUUGUUUGAGGGGGAAACAAACUCAAUAUACUUUAAAAUGACCAAAACCACAUCCGAACUGUGUAGAAAUGAUAAUUGACCUAUAUUCAUACAGUUUCUUGACUGUCCAGCUCACUAAUGCAAAAAAACGAUGGAUAGAGGAGUAUUUUUAGCAAAUUUUGACGGCAAUGAAAUAUAACCCAUUUUCAGUGCGGCCCUCUGGACCUCGUUGAAGACAGAAUGCGGCCCCCGGGGCAAAUUGAGUUUGACACCCCAUCUAGAUGCAACUUUAGUGAUCGUCUUCUUAGAAAAAACUUCUCUCCUCCUACCCUCUCAUUCUGUCCUCCCUCUUUCUUCCUCCUUACCUCCCCCCUCCCUCUCUCUAGGCUCUGAUGAGUGGUGGCACCUUCCUGACCACGGUGCCAGUGAUGAUGGACUCUGACAAGCUGCCCAUCAACCGUAUCACAAUCAGCAGUAAGCCUAUGGGCCUGCCCCCCAAGGGCGAGAAGCGCACCGCCCACAACGCCAUCGAGAAGCGCUACCGCUCGUCCAUCAACGACAAGAUCAUUGAGCUUAAAGAUCUGGUGGCCGGGACUGAGGCCAAGGUAUUAAUAUUGAAAAUAUAUACGUAGAUUUUUUAAAUUACAUUUAUAAAAUAUUAUUUACAACAUACAUUUUAAGCAAGAGAUUCCCAUUAAGAUACAGUAGAGCUUUCAAGAACUGAAUCAUCUGACAGAGAAAAGUAACUGGCUGUUUCUGAAUACCCAUACUAGCGGACUACAUACUGCAUACUCAUUUAGGCUUUUGAUCAGAUAAAUUGACGCGCUGUACCAAAAUGAACGAAUGGGAGGAGUAAACACAAUCGCACAUUAGAUGACGCAUUCAGAGUACUAUUUUCAAAAUUGUACAUACUAUAAAAGUAUUUUUUACAUUUAUUUUUUGCGUACCGUUUAGUACGCUAGUAUGGGUAUUGGGACACGGCCACUGUUUUGUUUGUGGAUUCCAAUAUUAAGAUGCUGUGUUAGUAUUAUAUCUAAGUAAGCUCAAAGGCAUACUGUUCAUCAGAGGCUCUUAAAAUCUUGCUUUAAGUUUGUAUUCACCUUUUUCAUCCGCUAAGCAGCUCAACAAGUCAGCAAUUCUGAAGAAGGCAAUAGACUACAUCCGCUACCUGCAGCAGUCCAACCAGAAACUAAAAGCAGAGAACAUGGCCCUGAAGAUGUCUGCCCAGAAGAACAGUGAGUGGUCCUUCUCCUCCCUGCCCUGGCUCUUCUUCUCCUUUUCUGCCUGCCCUUUCCUCUCCUCCAUCCUCCCUUUAUCAUGAUCCUAUUGUUAUUCAUUAUGAAGAAGAAGGAUUCUUCAUGGCUAAAGCUUCUGUCAUUUAAUUUCUUAAAGAAGUGCUUUGUGAAAUGCAGUCAUUUUCUGAUGGCUAGUGCUGGUUGUGCUUGAAUCAAGAGCUGGGUCCGUAUUCAUAAAGCGUCUCAGAGAAGGAGGGCUGAUCUAGGAUCAUGUUCCCCCUGUCCAUAUAAUUGUAUUCAUUAUGAUUUAAAGGCUAAACUGAUUCUAGAUCAGCACUCUGAGACACUUUAUAGUUCCUGGCCCUGGGACAGAUGUCAUAACAGUAUGAUGAUGAUGGCCGGAACUAUUCUGAGGUUGACCCUUUCUUUCUCUACAUCCCUCCUCUUUUUUCUCUCCUCCUCUCUCUUACUCCUUCCAUCUCCUUCCCCUCUCUCCCUCCUCCUCUCUGUUCUCCAGAGUCUCUGAAGGACCUGGUUGCCAUGGAGGUGGACGGCCCACAGACGGACGUGAAGAGCGAGCUGCCCACCCCUCCACCCUCCGACGUGGGCUCUCCCACCUCCUACUCCCACUGUGGCAGCGACUCAGAACCUGACAGCCCCAUGGGGGAGGACAGCAAGGUGGGUUUCACAACCUGAGACGUGAAACCUCACUGAAAAAGCAUAGAGUGGAGCCAGUCAGGAUACUGGAUGUUACCUGUAACUAAUGCUUCUCAUGACUUGGAGAAAGGAGCUUGAAAGAUGUUGGACUUCUCUGCUAUAGUUCCCUAGAAUAGAACGCUGAGAAAGGAACUGGUAAUUCUCUAGCAACAUACAUCCUGUAGCAACAAGGAUGGAGACAAAUAAAAACAGAGACGCUAAACCGUUGUUUUGUUCAAUGGCUAACAAUAGGGAUAUCAAGUGUCUCCAAUAAUCAUGUAAAGUAAACAUAUGAUAAUAAGUUAUAGUUCUUAGUUCUAACUCCCUGAUUACAAUUGUAGUUCCAGUUCCAUCUCUACUUCUUGAUCUAGUUCUAAUUCUAACCCUGACUCCUUAUGUUGUCUCCUCUUCUCUCCUGUCCUCUCCCCUGCAGCCGGCGGUCAAUCUGAUGGACACGUCAUCGUCCACCCCGGGCGGCGCUGGCAUGCUGGACCGCUCCCGCAUGGCGCUGUGCACAUUCACCUUCCUCUUCCUCUCCCUCAACCCCCUGGCCUCCAUGCUGUGUGGAGGGAUGGGCUCCAGCACCACCGCUAACAACGACGCAGUGCAUCCUGGGACAGGCAGGAACAUGCUGGGCCUAGACAACGCAGGUAUGGAGGGAAAGAGGGAAGGUGUCGGAGGUGUGCAUCUGUGUGUCUUACUCCUAGUGAGUUCAUCUAAUACUCCCAUGUUUAUUUUCUAGUAAGUCCAUCUCUUCUGUGUCUGUGUUUGUGUGCGUGUCUCCUAAACACCCUCUCUCAGUGUAGGUGUCUCCUAAACUCAUUCUGUGUGGGUGUGUCCUAAACUCAUUCUGUGUGGGUGUGUCCUAAACUCAUUCUGUGUGGGUGUGUCCUAAACUCAUUCUGUGUGGGUGUGUCCUAAACUCAUUCUGUGUGGGUGUCUCCUAAACUCAUUCUGUGUGUAGGUGUCUCCUAAACUCAUUCUGUGUGUAGGUGUCUCCUAAACUCAUUCUGUGUGUAGGUGUCUUCUAAACUCAUUCUGUGUGGGUGUCUCCUAAACUCAUUCUGUGUGUAGGUGUGUCCUAAACUCAUUCUGUGUGUAGGUGUCUCCUAAACUCAUUCUGUGUGUAGGUGUCUCCUAAACUCAUUCUGUGUGUAGGUGUCUCCUAAACUCAUUCUGUGUGUAGGUGUCUCCUAAACUCAUUCUGUGUGUAGGUGUCUCCUAAACUCAUUCUGUGUGUAGGUGUCUCCUAAACUCAUUCUGUGUGGGUGUGUCCUAAACUCAUUCUGUGUGGGUGUGUCCUAAACUCAUUCUGUGUGUAGGUGUCUCCUAAACUCAUUCUGUGUGUAGGUGUCUUCUAAACUCAUUCUGUGUGUAGGUGUCUCCUAAACUCAUUCUGUGUGUAGGUGUCUUCUAAACUCAUUCUGUGUGUAGGUGUCUUCUAAACUCAUUCUGUGUGUAGGUGUCUUCUAAACUCAUUCUGUGUGUAGGUGUCUCCUAAACUCAUUCUGUGUGUAGGUGUCUCCUAAACUCAUUCUGUGUGUAGGUGUCUCCUAAACUCAUUCUGUGUGUAGGUGUCUUCUAAACUCAUUGUGUGUGUAGGUGUCUUCUAACUCAUUCUGUGUGUAGGUGUCUUCUAAACUCAUUCUGUGUGUAGGUGUCUCCUAAACUCAUUCUGUGUGUAGGUGUCUCCUAAACUCAUUCUGUGUGUAGGUGUCUCCUAAACUCAUUCUGUGUGUAGGUGUCUCCUAAACUCAUUCUGUGUGUAGGUGUCUUCUAAACUCAUUCUGUGUGGGUGUGUCCUAAACUCAUUCUGUGUGUAGGUGUCUCCUAAACUAUUCUGUGUGUAGGUGUCUCCUAAACACCCUCUCUCAGUGUAGGUGUCUCCUAAACUCAUUCUGUAUAGGUGUCUCCUAAACAUCCUCUCUCUGUGUUCUCCUCCCAGCUGACUUGUGGGAGCUGGAUGGACUGGAUGCUGCCCACUCUGUUGGUGUGGCUGCUGAACGGUGUGCUGGUGGCUGGGGUUCUGGUCAGACUGUUGGUCUAUGGAGAGCCAGUCACCAGGCCACACUCUGGAUCCUCCGUGCUGUUCUGGAGGCACCGCAAGCAAGCAGACCUCGACCUGGCACGGGUGAGAAUAUGGAGAAUGUGAUUUCGUCCCAAAUGGCAUCCUAUUCCCUAUAUAGUGCACUACCUUCAAAAUUAGUGCAGUAUGUAGGGAAUGGGGUGCCGUUUGGGAUGAAAACCAUAUGCAUACAGUCGUAAGCACAUACUGACCUUAAGACGCACACACAAACACACCCCUUCCCCCCACCCUCCAUACUCACCCCCCCAUCACUCUCACCCCCCUCUCCCUCCCCAAAUAGGGAGACUUUGCCCAGGCCAGUCAGAACCUAUGGACCUGCCUCAAGGCCCUGGGUCGUCCCUUACCCACCUCUCAGUUGGACCUGGCCUGUGCCGCCCUGUGGGCCCUGCUCCGCCUCUGCCUCCAGCGCCUGGGGGUGGGUCGCUGGUUGGCUGCCAGGGCCGGGGGGCUCCGCGCCAGGGGGCUCCGGGAGGACGCGCGUAAGAGCAGCCGCGACGCUGCCCUGGUCUACCACCGCCUGCACCAGCUGCACAUGACUGGUAGGUGGAAAUUGUAAACUGGACUUUUAAUGCUAAGGCAAACCUUGCCUACUCACUCUGAGACAAGGUUACUAGAUGGUUGAUUGAUUUGAUAUUAUGUAUUUAAGUUCAUACACCUACUGUUGCCCUGCCCACAUGGGCUUACAAGACACUACAGAACAAAAUAACAUUUUACAAAUUAUAUACAUACAAUGAUCAUGGCCAGUACCGGCUACCCUCUCUCCACCUGGACCCAACCAGCUAAACCAACUCUCCACCACUACGACAACCAGUUACAUCUAGCCUCACUACAACCACCAGCUACCAUUCUAGCCUCACUACACACCAGCUACCAUCUACCACAUACACAACCGCGACCAUCUAGCUCACUACCCAACCAGCUACCAUCUACCCACACUACACAACCAGCUACCAUCUAGCCACACUACACAACAGUUACCCAUCUAGCCUCCUCCACACCACCAGCUACCAUCUAGCCACACACCACCAGCUAACCAUCUAGCCUCACUACACAACCAGCUACCAUCUAGCCUCACUACACAACCAGCUACCAUCUAGCCUCACUACCCAACCAGCUACCAUCUAGCCUCACUACCCAACCAGCUACCAUCUAGCCUCACUACACAACCAGCUACCAUCUAGCCACACUACACAACCAGCUACCAUCUCACUACACAACCAGCUACCAUCUAGCCACACUACACAACCAGCUACCAUCUAGCCUCACUACACAACCAGCUACCAUCUCACUACACAACCAGCUACCAUCUAGCCUCACUACACAACCAGCUACCAUCUAGCCUCACUACACAACAACCAUCUACUACCAGCAUCUAGCCUCACUACACAACCAGCUACCAUCUAGCCCACUACACAACCAGCUACCAUCUAGCCUCACUACCAACCAGCUACCAUCUAGCCUCACUACCCAACCAGCUACCAUCUAGCCUCACUACCCAACCAGCUACCAUCUAGCCCUCACAACCCACCAUCUAGCUCACCACAGCCCACUACUACACCACCAGCUACCAUCUAGCCACACUACACAACCAGCUACCAUCUAGCCACACUACACAACCAGCUACCAUCUAGCCUCACUACCAACCAGCUACCAUCUAGCCUCACUACCAACCAGCUACCAUCUAGCCACACUACACAACCAGCUACCAUCUAGCCACACUACACAACCAGCUACCAUCUAGCCUCACUACACAACCAGCUACCAUCUAGCCUCACUACACAACCAGCUACCAUCUAGCCUCACUACACAACCAGCUACCAUCUAGCCUCACUACACAACCAGCUACCAUCUAGCCUCACUACACAACCAGUUACCAUCUAGCCUCACUACCCAACCAGCUACCAUCUAGCCUCACUACCCAACCAGCUACCAUCUAGCCUCACUACACAACCAGCUACCAUCUAGCCUCACUACACAACCAGCUACCAUCUAGCCUCACUACCCAACCAGCUACCAUCUAGCCUCACUACCCAACCAGCUACCAUCUAGCCUCACUACCAACCAGCUACCAUCUAGCCUCACACCACACACCAGCUAACCAUCUACCUCACUACCCAACCAGCUACCAUCUAGCCUCACUACACAACCAGCUACCAUCUAGCCUCACUACACAACCAGCUACCAUCUCACUACACAACCAGCUACCAUCUAGCCACACUACACAACCAGCUACCAUCUAGCCUCACUACACAACACUCACAGCCUCUAACCAUCUAGCCUCACUACACAACCAGCUACCAUCUACCACACUACACAACCAGCUACCAUCUAGCCUCACUACCACACACCAGCUACCAUCUAGCCUCACUACCACUAUACUCUUGGCCAUGUAUCACCAGGCUCAUAGCCCACAAACCAGUACUCUAGCCUACCGUUACCAUCUCUCUCGUUCAACCCAUUCUCUGUCUACCACCUCAUAUCUCACCACACCAUCUAGCCACACUACAAACUCACCACCAUCUAGCCACACUCACACAACAACCAACCACCAUCUCCCCAUCUAGCCUCACUACACAACCAGCUACCAUCUAGCCACACUACACCACCAGCUCCCAUCUAGCCUCACUACACAACCAGCUACCAUCUAGCCACACUACACCACCAGCUACCAUCUAGCCACACUACACCCACCAGCUACCAUCUAGCCACACUACACCACCAUCUAGCCACACUACACCACCAUCUAGCCACACUACACCACCAGCUACCAUCUAGCCACACUACACCACCAUCUAGCCACACUACACCACCAUCUAGCCACACUACACCACCACCACACACUCUAGCCACACUACACCACCAUCUAGCCACACUACACCACCAUCUAGCCACACUACACCACCAUCUAGCCACACUACACCACCAUCUAGCCACACUACACCACCAUCUAGCCACACUACACCACCAUCUAGCCACACUACACCACCAUUUAGCCACACUACACCACCAGCUACCAUAUAGCCACACUACACAACCAGUAAAUGUCUCCUUCUCCUCCAGGCAUUGUGAACAAACUGAGCAAUCUCAAACAUUCCCAGUCUGAAACAGAAUUUAAGCCUCUGCUCAUCCCGUAACCAGAAUACCUCAGGGUUAUCACCAACAUGUCUCAGAUCGUCAUACAGAGGGCUAUUAAACACAAAGGAUUUCGAUUUCAAAAUCACACAGUAGGCAAAUUCUCUCCUCUUCAGUACUACUGUCCAAUACAGAAUUAUCCACUAGCUCCCUACUCCUACGCACUUUGUGUAGACCUUAGAGGAGUGGAUAGGUGUUUUCUGUGUUUGUUCAGCCAAGCUGUCUAUAAUCAACGUGUGUGUGUUUGCAGGUAAGCUGGGCGGUAGCCACCUGUCUGCCGUUCACAUGGCUCUGAGUGCUGUAAACCUAGCAGAGUGUUCAGGCUCCUGUCUCCCCGUGGCCACGUUAGGAGAGGUCUACGUCUCCGCAGCCCUACGAGUCAAAGCCAGCCUACCCAGACUCCUUCACUUCUCCUCCGUGAGUCACAGAGUUACGUUAUCAAGUGGUGUGUUUGUUUGUGAGAGAGAGAGAGAGGGGGGGAGAUGGAGAGAGGGUUAGAUGGAGAGAUGGAGAGAGGGGUAGAUGUAGAGAGCAGGGAAGAGGCAGCGGGAGAGACUGACUGACUAUAAUGUGUGAUUUGUUGCUCAGUGUAUCGUGUGUGUGUCUGUCUGCCUGCCUGCCUCUGUACUCACUCCUGUAUCUCCAUGUCUCUCUCCAUCCCUAGCGUGUGUUCCUGAGCAGCGCCCGCCAGGCGUGUCUCUCCUCCAGUGGCAGUGUCCCCCCGGCCAUGCAGUGGCUCUGUCACCCUCUGGGCCACCGCUUCUUUGUGGACGGGGACUGGGCCGUCCGCAGCACACCCAAAGAUAGCAUCUACAGCCAGGCAGGGAACACCGGUCAGUACUGUAGACACACCACACACACCACACGGUGGCUGCGUCCCAAUUGGCACCUUUUUCCCCUGGUUUAUAGUGUACUGCUAUUGACCAGAGCCUCUCUGUCAAUGGACAUCUGUCAUGGAAACUGGUUAUGACGAAAGCAAUAUGGGCAACACAUGUUUUCAUUGUCUAAAUUGGUUGACAUGACUAUGCUAACCUCAACCCUAAUUAUUUUCUCUUUUUCUCCUUAGUGGACCCUCUGGCCCAGGUGACCCAGGCCUUUAGGGAGCACCUGUUGGAGAAGGCUCUAUACUGUGUGGCCCAGCCCCGGGGGGAGAAGACCCCCAGUGAUGGAGAGGGGUAGGUGCAACACAUAACCUGAUAACACUAUUUGGCUAUCUGUAGAAGUCUUAAAAGUUGCUCUUAUAAUAAUAUGCCAUUUAGCAGACGCUUUUAUCCAAAGCGACUUACAGUCAUGCGUGCAUACAUUUUUUGUGUGUAUGGGUGGUCCCGGGGAUCGAACCCACUACCUUGGCGUUACAAGCGCCGUGCUCUACCAGCUGAGCUACAGAGGACCACAAUUCCAUUGAAUUUCAGCUGACGCUGUAAAAUAAAAAAAGUCCCAUAGACUACUUUUAGGGUGUGGAGAAUCAAUUAUCAAUUCCAUUGAAUUUCAGCUGACGCUGUAAAAUAAAAAAAGUCCCAUAGACUACUUUCAGGGUGUGGAGAACCAUCUAACAUUGAGUUGUAAAAUACAGAAUGUUGAAUUAAUUUAUUCAUAUUUUAGGCCUUCCUUUGUCUUAAAUUGUCUAAAAUCCCUUUUUUGAACAAGCUAGAUCCUGUUAUGUGUGUGUUUUCAAGGAGUACUAAUAGUCUUUUAAAUACUUUUAACUAACUAAGCUGUGUGUGUGUUCCUCAGGGAGUAUGCAGAUGCUCUGGAGUACCUUCAGCUGUUGACUAGUGCAUCAGACGCCGCCGGAGCCACCACCCAGUCCUUCGCCAUCGGAUCCAACAUGGCUACCGUCACUGGUACGACUCCUGGUCUUAUAUUUACAGUGGGGAGAACAAGUAUUUGAUACACUGCUGAUUUUGCAGGUUUUCCUACUUCAAAGCAUGUAGAGGUCUGUAAUUUUUAUCAUAGGUACACUUCAACUGUGAGAGACGGAAUCUAAAACAAAAAUCCAGAAAAUCACAUUGUAUGAUUUUUAAGUAAUUAAUUUGCAUUUUAUUGCAUGACAUAAGUAUUUGAUACAUCAGAAAAGCAGAACUUAAUAUUUGGUACAGAAACCUUUGUUUGCAAUUACAGAGAUCAUACGUUUCCUGUAGGUCUUGACCAGGUUUGCACACACUGCAGCAGGGAUUUUGUCCCACUCCUCCAUACAGACCUUCUCCAGAUCCUUCAGGUUUUGGGGCUGUCACUGGGCAAUACGGACUUUCAGCUCCCUCCAAAGAUUUUCUAUUGGGUUCAGGUCUGGAGACUGGCUAGGCCACUCCAGGACCUUGAGAUGCUUCUUACGGAGCCACUCCUUAGUUGCCCUGGCUGUGUGUUUCGGGUCAUUGUCAUGCUGGAAGACCCAGCCACGACCCAUCUUCAAUGCUCUUACUGAGGGAAGGAGGUUGUUGGCCAAGAGCUCGCGAUACAUGGCCCCAUCCAUCCUCCCCUCAAUACGGUGCAGUCGUCCUGUCCCCUUUGCAGAAAAGCAUCCCCAAAGAAUGAUGUUUCCACUUCCAUGCUUCACGGUUGGGAUGGUGUUCUUGGGGUUGUACUCAUCCUUCUUCUUCCUCCAAACACGGCGAGUGGAGUUUAGACCAAAAAGCUAUAUUUUUGUCUCAUCAGACCACAUGACCUUCUCCCAUUCCUCCUCUGGAUCAUCCAGAUGGUCAUUGGCAAACUUCAGACGGGCCUGGACAUGCGCUGGCUUGAGCAGGGGGAUCUUGCGUGCGCUGCAGGAUUUUAAUCCAUGACGGCGUAGUGUGUUACUAAUGGUUUUCUUUGAGACUGUGGUCCUAGCUCUCUUCAGAUCAUUGACCAGGUCCUGCCGUGUAGUUCUGGGCUGAUCCCUCACCUUCCUCAUGAUCAUUGAUGCCCCACGAGGUGAGAUCUUGCAUGGAGCCCCAGACCAAGGGUGAUUGGACUGUCAUCUUGAACUUCUUCCAUUUUUCUAAUAAUUGCGCCAGAAUUGUUGGGCCGUUAUCACCAAGCUGCUUGUCCCUAUUGUCCUGUAGCCGUCCCCGGCCUUGUGCAGGUCUACAAUUUUUAUAUCCCUGAUGCCUUACACAGCUCUCUGGUCUUGGGGCCCACAUGUGGUAGAGGUUGGGGGUCUGUUUGAUUGCGUUGUGGAACCAGGUGGUCUUUUUUAUUACAGGUAACGAGUUCAAGCAGGUGCAUUAUCACCACUUCUCUCUCUCGCUCAUUUCACCACUUCUCUCUCUCGCUCUCUCGCUCAUUUCACCACUUCUCUCUCGCUCCUUUCACCACCUCCCUCUCUCUCUCCUUUCACCACCUCCCUCCUCUCUCUCUCCUUUCUCUCCUUUCACCACCUCCCUCGCUCUCUCUCUCGCUCCUUCACCCUCUCUCCUCUCUCUCCUCUCCUUUCCCCACCACCUCUCUCUCUCUCUUCGCUCCUUCAUCAUUCACACACCACCCCUCUUCUCGUCCUCUCGCUCCUUCACAUCUCUUUUCACACUCCCUCCCUCCUCCCUUUCCUCCCUCCCCCUCUCUCUCUCGCUCCUUUCACAUCCCUCCCCCUCCCUCCUCUCCUUCUCCCUCCCUCUCUCUCGUCCUUUCACACCAUCCUCCCCUCCUCUCCUCUCUCCUUUCACCCCUCUCUCUCUCCUCUCCCUCCUUUCCCCCCUCCUCUCCUCCUCUUCCCCCUCCUCUUCCUUCUCCCUCCUUUCCACCACCUCCCUCUUCCUCUUCUCGCUCCUUUCAACCUCACACCUCUUCGCUCCUUUCACACACCUCCUCUCUCUCCUCCUUUCACACACUCGCUCUCUCUCGCUCCUUUCACCACCUCCCUCUCUCUCUCUCUCCUUUCACCACCUCUCUCUCUCUCUGCUCCUUCACCACCCCUUUCUCCUCCUUUACACCUCCCUCCUCCUCGCUCCUUUCGCUAGAGAUGAUAAAGAGCGUUGUCCUCUGCAGCGCUCAAUUUUAUCUUCCAGUCCUGUCAAGUCUCCUACUCCCUUUGAAGUACUAAUAGACUUUCUUUUCUUGGUGUGGUGUUAGAUUUCCCAGUCAGCAUAGCUGUCUGUGUGUGUGAGUGCGCAUUUGAUUUGAUUUAUUAGGAUCGCCAUUAGCUGACGCCAAUGGCAACUAGGUAUUUCUUUGCAGCACUUGACCAUAUGACUGGACAAUAAUCAAGAUAAGAUAAAACUAGAGCCUGCAGGACUUGCUUUGUGGAAUGUGGUGUCAAAAAAGCAGACAUCUCUUUAUUAUGGAUAGACCUCUCCCCAUCUUUACAACCAUUGAAUCUGUAUGUUUUUACCAUGACAGUUUACAAUCCAAGGUAACACCAAGUAAUUUAGUCUCCUCAACUUGUUCAACAGCCACACCAUUCAUUACCAGAUUCAGCUGUGAUCUAGAACUUAGUUAAUGAUUUGUACCAAAUACAAUGCUCUUAGUUUUGGAGACUGGCCACCCAUUCCAAAACCGACUGCAACUCUUUGUUAAGGGUUUCAGUGACUUUAUUAGCAGUGGUUGCUGAUGCGUAUAUGGUUGAAUCAUCAGCAUACAUGGACACACAUGCUUUGUUUGAUGCCAGUGGCUGGUCAUUGGUAAAAAUAGAAAAUAGUAGGCUUCCUAGAGAGCUGCCCUGCGGUACACCACACUUUACAUGUUUGACAUUAGAGAAACUUCCAUUAAAGAAAACCCUCUGAGUUAUAUUAGAUAGAUAACUCUGAAUCCAUGAUAUGGCAGAGAGUGAAAAGCCAUAACACAUACGUUUUCUCAACAGCUGGUUAUGGUCUAUAAUAUCAAAGGCUGCACUGAAAUCUAACAGUACAGCUCCCACAAUCUUCUUAUUAUCAAUUUAUUUCAACCAAUAAUCAGUCAUUUGCGUCAGUGCAGUACAUGUUGAGUGCCAUUUUCUAUAAGCAUGCUGAAAGUCUUUUGUUAAUUUGUUUACAGAGAACUAGCAUUGUAUUUGGUCAAAAAAAAUUUCUAACAGUUUGCUAAGAGCUGUCAGCAAGCUGAUAGGUCUGCUGUUAGAACCAGUAAAGGCUGCUUUACCACUCUUGGGUAGUGGAAUGACUUUGGCUUCCCUCCAGGCAUGUGGACAAAGGCUUUCCUCUAGACUCAGAUUAAAGAUAUGACAGAUAGGAGUGGCUAUAAAGUCAGCUACCAUCCUCAGUAGCUUUCCAUCUAAGUUGUCAAUGCCAGGAGGUUUGUCAUUACUGAUCGAUUACAAUUAGAUUUCCACCUCUCUCACACAAACUUUACAAAUUUUCUUUCAUAUUUUUUUUUCAUGCAUGAGUACGAUGGCUCACUGUUCGUUGUUGGCAUUUCCUGCCUAAGUUUGCCCACUUUGCCAAUGAAGUAAUCAUUAAAUUAAAUGGCAACAUCAAAUGGUUUUGUGAUGAAUAAGCCAUCUGAUUUGAUGAAGAUGCGUGUGUGUUGGCCCAAUGUUAACCAGUGGAGGUAAUCUCCCUUGGAGAGAUGUGGCUAUCAGUAUAGCUGCAGUAUUAGCAGGUUGUGACCACGCCAGAGGGGGAACAGAUUGAAACUCAGGUCAUCAUCACCAGCACCUGGAUUUGCUCAUGUGUGAAAUGGAGAGAGUGAGGGGGAGAGAGAUAAGAGAGGGAUAGUUUCUGUGUUUCAGCAUGUCUGUCGCUAACACUUUAUUUGGAUAGUCCCAAAUAGAUCGUUUGUAGAUGUUCAAUAACUGUCAACAUCAUGUCAACUAACUAUCCUCUAACCUUGAACCUAAAUUUAACCCUAACCCAAAACUUAACCCUAACCAUAACCCUAAACUUAACCCUAGCCCGAACCCUAAACCUAGCAGUAAUUCUAAACUUAACCCUAAACUUAACCCCAGCUAGCUGUUGUGUAUCAACAGAGUUACAGUUUAUAUUUUGUAUCUCUAGAUCAGCUAUAGGAACUAUCAAAAUAAUAACCUGUCUGUCUGUGUGUACUUUCUUUAUUGACAUAUAUCUCUCUGUGUGUGUGUGUGUGUAAACCUUGUCUGUGACCUCCAGGCUGUGACCCUCAUUCCAAAUGGUGGUCGUCGGUUGCCGUGGUGAUCAUUAACUGGCUCCAAGGAGAUGACGCAGCGGCCGAGAGACUGUAUCCCGCCGCCGAGCACCUGCCCCGUAGUCUACAGACGGCAGAGUGAGUACACACACACACACACACACCCACACACACACAGCUGAGGGACUGUACCCAGACAACUCCCCCCCCCCCACACACACACACACUUCCCCAGUUCUUCUCCACCACCUUUCUCAACAGGGUUUUUCAUGUGUCCUCAGGAGUCCGUUGCCCAAGGCGUCUUUGAACACGUUCCGAGCGGUGCGCGCCAUGCUGACCAAACCAGAGAACUGCCAACUGAGUCUGAGCCACAGUGAGAAGGCCAGCGGCCUGCUGAGAGACAGCCUCAACCUGGGACCACACUGUCACAGCAGCAGCCUAGACAAGGUACACACAUACACACACACAUACACGUACACACACACAUACGCAGCAGCUAUGGCCAGAGCUGUGGUGCAUUGUAGUUGCAUUGCAUGUGUGUCUCAGCUGAGUGCAAUGUUCCUGCAGUGCAACACAGAGCUGGGCCCCAUACAGCACAAUGGACAGGAGACAUCAAUACACCCUGUUACUGCUUUUCAAACUAAUGUAAUUUUUAAUACGCACACACGAUAAGGUUUGCCUCCUCUCUCUCUAUCCAUCUAUCCAUCCAUCCAUCUAUCCAUCUAUCCAUCCAUCUAUCCAUCCAUCUAUCCAUCCAUCCAUCCAUCCAUCCAUCCAUCCAUCCAUCUAUCCAUCUAUCCAUCUAUCCAUCUAUCCAUCUAUCCAUCUAUCCAUCUAUCCAUCUAUCCAUCUAUCCAUCUAUCCAUCUAUCCAUCUAUCCAUCUAUCCAUCUAUCCAUCUAUCCAUCCAUCCAUCUAUCCAUCCAUCCCUCCCCCAGGUGGUCCAGUUGCUGCUGUGUGACCUGCUGCUGGUGAUGCGGACCAACGUGUGGCGUCUGCAGCAGAGCUCCAAUCCCGGGGGUCUCUCCUUGCAGGCCUCCCCGGCCGAGCUGCACGGCUUCCAGCAGGACCUCUCCUCCCUCAGGAAGCUGGCCCAGAGCUUCAGGCCUGCCAUGCGCAGGGUAGGACAUGGAGGGAGACAUGCACAUGUAGACACGGGCGCACACGUGUAUGGACGCAUAGACACACGGGUUGAGAGAGAGAGAGAGAUCACCUACAGAGAGAUGAACCUGGAGAAGAGUCCCCUAAGCAAGCUGGUCCUGGGGCUCUGUUCACAAACACAAACAGAGCCCCAGGACAGCAACACAAUUAGACCCAACCAAAUCAUGAGAAAACUAAAAGAUAAUUACUUGACACAGCCGUAGGCAGACCUGGCUCUCAAGAGAAGACAGACUAUGUGCACACUGCCCACAAAAUGAGGUGGAAACUGAGCUGCACUUCCUAACAUCCUGCCAAAUGUAUGACCAUAUUAGAGACACAUAUUUCCCUCAGAUUACAGCGAUCCACAAAGAAUUCAAAAACAAACCCAAUUUUGAUAAACUCCCAUAUCUAUUGUGUGAAAUACCACAGUGUGCCAUUACAGCAGCAAAAUUUGUGACCUGUUGCCGCAAGAAAAGGGCAACCAGUGAAGAACAAACACCAUUGUAAAUACAACCCAUAUUUAUGUUGAUUUAUUUUCCCUUUUGUACUUUAACUAUUUGCACAUAAUAUGACAUUUGAAAUGUCUUUAUUCUUUUGGAACUUUUGUUAGUGUAAUGUUUACUGUUAAUUUGUAUUGUUUAUUUCACUUUUGGUUAUUAUCUACUUCACUUGCUUUGGCAAUGUUAACAUAUGUUUCCCAUGCCAAUAAAGCCCUUACAUUGAAAUUGAAUUGCGAGAGAGAGACUCAAUCGGGUAGAGCAGAGCUAUUUCUGACCUAUCACUCAUUAAAUGCUUUUCUCUCUCUCUCCUCCCACUUUCCUCCCUCUUCCCUCUCAGUUGUUUCUUCAUGAGGCGACCGCCAGGCUGAUGGCUGGGGCCAGUCCCACGCGAACACACCAGCUCCUGGACCGCUCGCUCAGACGCAGAGCCACCCCCGGAGCCAAGACAGGUAACUGCAGAGAGGGUUUUUGGUAGUUUGUUUGUGUGUGAGAAAGGUUGGAAGAUCCGUGUGUUUUGUGUGCCAUUUUUAAGCUUUCAUAACGAGGUCGAAAGGGACAUGGAUGCGAUAUGAGUGUAGUUAUCUGUGUAAUAUCCCUCUCUGUAUCCCCCACGACUCACCUCUCUCCUCUCUCUCUCUCUCUGUGUGUGUGUGAUUCUACAGAGGAGUGUGAGAUGCGUCCUGGCCAGAGGGAGCAGGCUGAGGCGGUGAUGUUGGCGUGUCGCUACCUGCCCCCCUCCUUCCUGUCGGCACCUGGCCAGCGGGUGGGCAUGCUUGCUGACGCAGCCCGUACCCUGGAGAAGCUGGGGGACAAGCGUACCCUCCACGACUGCCAGCAGAUGAUCAUUAAGCUGGGCAGCGGCACCACUGUCACCUCUGCCUAGACUAUACAGAGCGAGACAGAGAGACCAGCUCCCCCCCCACACACACACACACACACAAAUGGAUGAAGGCGGUUUUUGGCAUUUGGCCUGCAGCUGACGAACAGACAUACAGACAGUCUGCCUAGACACUGAGAAUCAUAUCAGACAGACAGACAGACAAAUAAACAUACUUGACAGUUACCUGCCGUCGGUUUCAUAUCACCCCUUAUCCCUGAUUCACCUAUCAUUACAGUAGACAGCUCGCAGACUGACAGUUUAGCAGGGGAGGACCUCACCUCUCCUUCACCCCAAUAAAGUGUUGCCAUUGACAGUGUUGACAUGAUCUGUCAUGUAACCUAGUCAUCCUCACCAGAAUAUAUAGGUUCAUAUUUCUGUUUCUUUUCUAUUACCCUGUGUGAAAUGCACUGUAGUGGCGGAGUUUGUCCGCUAGGUGGGGUUGUGGCGCCCUCUGCAGGACUGUGAAGGUGUGACGCCUGGAAUCGUGUGUGUGUGUGUGCAUGUGUGAGUGGGAGAGAGACAAGGGGAAAGGUUUUUACAUGCAGUUAUACACUACUAGCCCCAUGUUUUGAUUGGGCGAUGCACCUUACAAAGCGAAGCACUCUGUUGUUAUUGGUGUGUUUAGAGAGUGGCUGUCCGUCUGAUUGGCUGCGAUGUGAUGUCAUCAUGGGUGGGAGGAGCAAGCCGUGUUGGGACAGACUGGGUUUUUGAGGAGCACAACGUUUCAGAAAAAAUAGAAAUGUAUCAUGUAGAGCAGACAGGUUUCUCUAUCAUGUUGAAAAGAGGACCAUGACAGAUCUAUACAUUGUGUUUCUAUCUGUGACGAUCUGAAAUGUUGCAUCUCUCUCGUGUCUUUUUAUCUGCACUGGCCCAGAGGGGCUGUAUUUGAUUAGUUAAAUAAUAUUGUGGCUUUUUCUUUUCAUAUUUUUUUCUUUAUUGUUGUUGCUGUGUAUAUAUUUUAAAGUGUAUUUAUAAUCUGAAUGAGAUUUGUUCUGUUGAUCAGUAUUUUCCAUUGGCCGUGUGAUAAUUAUUACUUUCCACCCUCAUUGUGUAGCAUUGGCAGAGGCUUGGGGUCCAAUGGGGAGUAUGUGUGUGUCCCAAAUGGCACCCUAUUC